AUGAUGCCCUGCCCUGUCUGCCUCACCAGCAUGCAGUUAACAACAAAAGGCAGUAUUCCGGUGAAAACCUGUGGAAAGGAGCAGCCCCCACCCUCUAGCUCCGGCCCCCAGCCAGUCCUGGCCGCAAUGGAGCCAGGAGGGUACAGGCGCAGGAUGCUGGGGUGCCGGCUCUGGAUGUCCAUCAGCAAGGCGCUGUUCGCCGAGUUCCUGGCCACAGGGCUGUACGUGUUCUUCGGUGUGGGUUCGGCUAUGCGCUGGCCCGCAGCGCUUCCCUCUGUGCUGCAGGUCGCCAUCACCUUCAACCUGGUCACCGCCAUGGUUGUGCAGGUCACCUGGAAGGCCAGUGGGGCCCACGUCAACCCCGCGGUGACGCUGGCCUUCCUCUUGGGCUCCAAGAUCUCCCUGCCCUGCGCUGUGGCCUAUGUGGCUGCCCAACUGGUGGGAGCCAUUGUGGGGGCUGCUCUGCUUUACAGGGUCACACCAGGGGACAUCCGAGAGACCCUCGGGGUCAAUGUGGUGCAAAGCAGUGUCUCAACUGGCCAGGCAGUGACGGUGGAGCUGGUUCUGACCCUGCAGCUGGUGCUCUGUGUCUUUGCUUCCACUGACCACCGGCAGGCCUCGGCUUCCCCGGCCACCAUGAUUGGGAUCUCUGUGGCACUGGGCCACCUCAUUGGGAUCUACUUCACUGGCUGUUCCAUGAACCCAGCCCGCUCCUUUGGUCCUGCUGUCAUCGUUGGGAAGUUCGAAGUCCACUGGAUCUUCUGGUUAGGACCCCUGACCGGGGCUAUCCUGGCUUCACUGAUCUACAACUUUAUCCUGUUUCCUGACACCAAGACCCUGGCCCAGCGGCUGGCCAUCUUCAUAGGCACUGUGAAGAUAGAGAAGGUGGAAGAGGUGGAGCCCCAGUCCAGUCCAGGGGACACCCAAAUGGAGAAUGUGUGUCAAAUAGCAUAGAACUUGGCCCCUGCCC